AUGGCCGACAUGAAAACCGGCAUCUUCGCCAAAAACGUCCAGAAACGCCUGAACCGCGCUCAGGAGAAGGUCCUUCAAAAACUAGGAAAAGCAGAUGAAACCAAAGAUGAACAGUUUGAAGAAUAUGUUCAAAAUUUCAAGCGGCAAGAGGCAGAGGGUUCCAGGCUCCAGAGAGAACUGAGAGGAUAUUUAGCUGCCAUCAAAGGGAUGCAAGAUGCCUCAAAGAAGCUUACAGAGUCUCUUCAUGAAGUAUAUGAGCCAGAUUGGUAUGGCCGAGAAGAUGUGAAAAUGAUUGGAGAGAAAUGUGAUGAACUUUGGGAAGACUUCCAUCAAAAACUGGUGGAUGGGUCGCUGUUGACCUUGGAUACAUAUCUAGGACAAUUUCCUGAUAUCAAAACUCGCAUUGCGAAGCGAAGCAGAAAGCUAGUGGACUACGACAGCGCGAGGCAUCAUCUGGAAGCCCUGCAGAGUUCAAAAAGAAAAGACGAAGGCAGAAUUACUAAGGCUGAAGAAGAGUUUCAAAAAGCACAGAAAGUGUUUGAAGAGUUUAACAGUGAUUUACAAGAAGAAUUGCCAUCUCUGUGGUCACGGCGAGUUGGCUUCUAUGUGAAUACUUUCAAAAAUGUAUCCAGCCUUGAAGCCAAGUUUCAUAAAGAAAUAGCUUUGCUAUGUCACAAAUUAUAUGAAGUGAUGACGAAGCUGGGAGAUCAGCAUGCAGACAAGGCCUUCACCAUCCAAGGGGCACCCAGUGAUUCAGGUCCCCUCCGUAUUGCAAAAACACCUUCACCACCAGAAGAGGUGUCUCCCUUGCCUAGCCCCACAGCUAGUCCCAAUCAUAUGCUGGCACCAGCAUCUCCAGCACCAGCCCGACCUAAAUCACCCACACAGCUGAGGAAAGGUCCUCCAGUUCCACCGCUGCCUAAACUCACACCCACAAAGGAGCUGCAACAGGAGAACAUCAUCAAUUUCUUUGAUGACAACUUUGUUCCAGAAAUCAAUGUGACGACCCCGUCACAGAAUGAAGUUCCUGAAGCUAAGAAAGAGGAAUCUUUGCUAGAUUUGGACUUCGACCCUUUCAAGCCAGAAGUUGUGUCAACAGGAGUAACUCAUUCGCCCAUGUCUCAGACAUUGCCAUGGGAUCUAUGGACGACAAGCAGUGAAUUGGUGCAGCCGGCAUCCAGCACAGCAUUUAAUGGAUUUGUACAGGAUACCUCUCUAUUUACAGUGCAAUCAAAUGAGAAUGUGACAGAAACUUUGACUGAGGCUGAAGAAGCUCCACCUGGGGAACCCAAGGUUGAGGAAACCCCUGCUGCUGCUGUUCUCGAAAAGGAGACCAUCCCCGCUGAGCCAGCAGAGCAGGCUGCGGACAGUGUCAAGGCAGGGGAUAAAGAGACAACUGGAGUUGCUGAGAAAGAGAGCGAGGUGAUAACUACUUCAGAAGGGGCUGCGGUGGUAGAAGAUGUUGGUGCAGUGGUGGCAGCAGAAGCUGGUGACAGUGCCACUACCACUGAACAGGAAGGUGUUGCUGCAAGUGACCAACCUCAGGGAGAAGAAAAGGAGGCUGAUGUGUCUCAGGAAAAGAUCAGCAGCAUCCCUUCAGUAGUAAUAGAGCCAGCAUCAAACAACGAGGGAGAGGGAGAAGAACAUGACAUCGUCAUGAAUGAAUCUAAAGAUACUGUGACAGAUAUUGACACUCAGGACACUGACAGUUCUUCCCCGGAAAUUUCCCAAGUUGGCAAUGAGCAGAAAUCCACUGAAGAAAUCCAGGCUGCAACUUCUCAAGAUCAGCCUGCAUCAGCAGAAGGCACAGCUUCUGCAAUGCCUCCUGGCUUUCUCUUUAAGGUUGAAGUUCUACAUGAUUUUGAGGCAGCUAACAGUGAUGAGCUUAAUUUAAAACGAGGAGACAUUGUACUAGUAAUUCCUUCUGAGACCACAGCUGAUCAGGAGGCUGGCUGGUUGACAGGCAUUAAGGAGUCAGAGUGGCUUCAGUACAGAGAUGCAAACAGUUAUAAGGGACUUUUCCCAGAGAACUUCACACGCCAUCUGGAGUAG